AUGGGCAGAAAUACCAGUGCUCAAAUAACUAAAGUGCCAGUGGAGAACUGUGAGAAAUAUACAACAUGUGAUGAAUGUCUUGGAGUAGAUGGCGUGGGUGAUCCUUACUGUGGUUGGUGUACACUGGAAAAUAGGUGCACAAGAAAAAGUGAUUGUGAGGGUUACCCAGAUUCAUCCACCAAUAGAUGGAUUGCUGAUGAUUCUCAAUGUCCAAGCAUUGAUGUUGAUCCAAGUAGUGUAGAAAGAGAAAAAAUAAAAUUGUUGACACUAACAGUAACCAGUUUACCACAUUCUCGGAAUGGAUAUAAAUGUGUAUUUGAUAGUCUUGGUACAACAGAUGCUGAUGCAGCUGAUGAAAGUAAUGUGCUGACUUGUACAACUCCUCCACCCAGUAAUAUACCACCACCUGGAAACAGAGGUUAUGUCAGAGUGAAAUUAUCAUUAUUAUCAAAAGAAACAAAUGAAAAAUUUGUCAGUACGGAUUUUGAUUUUUAUGAUUGUGAAUCAUUCAAGACAUGCAUGACCUGUACAAAAAACAACUAUGGAUGUGACUGGUGUGUUUUUGAAAAUAAAUGUUCUAAAGAUGUCAGUUCCUGUAUAGAGAAUGGCAUAAUCAAAGGAGAUGCAAUUGAAGCUAAUAGUUCCCAGCAAUGUCCACAAAUUAAGGAAGGUGCUGAAACGUUAAUACCUGUUGACUUGUCUCAAGAGUUCUAUGUUGUUGGAGUGAAUUUUCCACAACCUUCAGAUGGCCAGACUGGGUAUGACUGUAUUCUACAUAUAGAAGGGGUGGAAGUCACUGUCACAGGAGAACGAGAAAGUACAGAGAGUAUUAAAUGCCAAAGUUCCAAGUACAUGUAUUCAGAAGAUGUAAGCAGUAAAUUGGUCUCCUUGCAGUUGAAAUGGAACAAUGAUUUUGAAAUUGACAACCCUGAUAAUGUCAAAGUUAAUCUGUAUAAGUGUGACGUUGGUCGUCCUAAUUGUGGAGUUUGUCAUCAAGCCGAGUUGAAAUACCAAUGUGGUUGGUGUAAUAGUGUAAAUGAACAGAAAUGUACAGUGGUCAAUAAAUGCAAUCCAAUCAAUUCUUGGUUGACAAGGGAAGAGAUAUGUCCUAAUCCAACCAUUGAUAAAAUUAAACCAGAAGCGGGUCCUAUUGAGGGAGGCACUAGGCUGACAAUCAUGGGGUAUAAUUUGGGAAAGAAUUCUUCUAAUGUUAAACAAAUUGACGUUGCUGGACUAGAAUGUAUACCACAGUCCGAUGGCUAUAGGACUGCAGAACAUGGUGGAACCAAAAUAGUAGUUACUGGAGAAAAUCUAAAUAUUGUACAGACUACACUCAUGAGAGUUUAUAAAGAUGUACUUUAUUACGAUUCGCCAUGUAAAGUGGAAUCCUCUACGAAGAUGGUAUGUAAAGCACCAGAUAUCUCUGCAACAAAUAUUGAAACAACUGCAGAACAACCAUAUAAAGUAGACUAUGGCUUUAUAUUGGAUAGUGUGGAGAAUACAACUCAUCUUAUCAAUUCAGAAUUUGGAGCUUUUUCAUAUUACCCUAAUCCAGAGUACUACCCAUUUGAAAAUGGGGUCAAAGUGUACAGUGGAGUUGGGGAGGACCCAUUAGUAAUUCCGGGUCAACAUUUGAAUUUGGCAUCGUCUGAAACUGAUGUCACUGUGAUGAUAGGAAGUGAAAUCUGUGAAGUGAUUUCAUUGGCCUGGAAUCAGCUGACAUGUCAGCCGCCACGGCAACAACCUAAUGGAGGAAGUGAAGAAAAAGGAGUAGAAUUAUGGAUCUACCAUGGUAACCUGAAUGUCACCACAGGUUCUUUAAAGUAUGCUUCUGCUGGGCCACCAUUGUCUAUAGAGGCCAUCAUUGCUAUUGCUGCUGCUGGUACCGUGUGUUUAGUUGUUUUCAUUAUCAUUCUGAUUCUGUAUCGACGCAAGUCUACAGAAAGUAACAGGAAUGUGAAAAAGUUACAGGUACAGCUGGACAUGUUAGAGUCACGUGUUGCCAAAGAGUGUAAAGAAGCAUUUGCAGAGUUACAAACUGAAGUAACCGAGAUGACAACUGAUAUAGAAGCUGCUGGUAUUCCAUUCCUGGAUUAUCGCAAUUACACAAUGAAAGUCUUGUUUCCAGGAGACGAAGACCACCCUGUACUUAAAGAACUUGAGGUAAAAGGAGCAAGAAAAGCAGAUGUUGAAAAGGGUCUUCGGGAAUUUGGUAAACUUAUCAACAACAAGACAUUCUUGUUGAUAUUUAUUCGAACUCUUGAAGCACAGAAUAACUUUAAAAUGACGGAAUCAGUGGCAGAAAAGAUGUUAACAAACUGGUUAACAUUUAUGUUAUAUCGGUUCCUUAAAGACUGUGCAGGGGAGCCAUUAUUCAUGUUAUACCGUGCACUUAAACAACAAAUAGAAAAAGGACCUGUUGAUGCUUGUACCCAUGAAGCUAGAUAUUCAUUAAGUGAAGCCAAACUAAUUCGACAACAGAUUGACUACAAGACAUAUUUGAUAAAUGUAGUGAAUCCAGAUACAGUAUUUGACAGCAAAGAAGAACAAUAUAUACAAGUUAAAGUUUUAGACUGUGAUACAAUUAGUCAAGUAAAAGAAAAAUUCCUUGAUGCUAUUUACAAAAAUGCACCUUACUCAUCGAGGCCUAGAGUGGAACAAGUUGACUUAGAAUGGCGACAGGGCUUUGGAGGGAGACUGAGUUUAGCUGAUGAUGACGUAACCUGUAAAGUGGAAGGUGAAUGGAAGCGAAUAAAUACACUUGAACACUAUAAGGUUCUUGAUUCUGCUAUCAUGGCACUAGUACCCAAACAAGGUUUUAAUAUGUCACCUGGUGUUACAAGUCUUAAAGUGUGUAACAUUGUAUAUGACUCACUAUUCUUAUUUACAGGAAAUAUGUCACUGACAGCAAGUCCAGGUCACCGAUCUAAUUCUUCCAUGCUAAUAAAUUCUGAAAUAGCAGAGAGUGGACAAAAGUUUUGGCAUCUCAUUAAACAGCAUGAUGUUGAUUUACAAAAAGAGGGAGACAGAAGCAGCAAAAUGAUGUCCGAAAUUUACCUAACUCGGCUGCUAUCCACAAAAGGUACAUUACAGAAAUAUGUGGAUGACUUUUUAGAGACCCUUUUCAGUACAGUGCAUCAUGGGCAUGCUCUGCCACAAGCAAUUAAGUACUUGUUUGAUUUCCUUGACGAACAAGCAUUAGAGCACGGAAUAACAGAUCCUGAUGUCGUUCAUACUUGGAAAAGCAAUAGUUUACCCUUGAGAUUUUGGGUGAAUGUUAUAAAAAAUCCUGACUUUGUGUUUGAUGUGUACAAGUCGCAAACAGUUGAUGCUUGUCUCUCAGUGGUAGCACAGACGUUCAUGGACUCCUGUUCAACGUCAGAACAUAAACUUGGCAAAGAUUCCCCGUCUAGUAAAUUAUUAUAUGCUAGAGACAUUCCACAUUACAGGGACUGGGUCUACAGGUAUUAUGAGGAUAUUAAGAAUAUGCCAACAGUUAGUGACCAGGACAUGAGUUCAGCACUGGCUGAUGAAUCCAGGGUACAUCAGUUUGAAUUUAACACAGUAUCAGCCUUGAAUGAACUCUAUUUCUACUUCACGCAUAAAUACAAUGAUCAAAUUCUCGAAGCCUUAGAAGAUGAUGACACUGCCAGAAAAAGUAGACUUGCAUAUAAACUGGAACAAGUUGGUGACAUCAUGUCUGGACAGCAUUAGCGAUUAUUUUGAUAGCUCAACCUUAAUUCAACAAAAAGGUGUAAAGUUGGAAAAAAAAUAACUAUUUAUUUUAUUUUUAGCUCCGCUGUCGACUUUGUCGAGCGGAGCUUAUCAUAUGAGUGAUUGUCCGUUGUCGUCCGUGUCAAUGUUUUACUUUUUUGACUUCUACUUAAAAACCACAAGCCUGAAUGCUUUGAUACUUGGUGUAUAUGUACCUUGGGUAGACCUCUCUCAGAUUUGUUCAUUUCAUGAUGAUAUCUUCAAUUCUCUAAUUUUGGUGAAUAUUUUUGUCAUUUUUGGUAAAAAGUGAUAUUUUCGACUUCUUGUUAAAAACCGCAAGUCCAAUUGCUUUGAUAUUACAUAUAUAGGUACUACAUGUGGACCUCUCUCAGAUUUGUUCAUUUUGUAAUGAUAUCUUUAAUUCUCUAAUUUUGGUGAAUAUUUUUGUCAUUUUUGGUAAAAAGUGAUAUUUUUUUCUUGUUAAAAACCACAAUCAUUUAUGUUGAAAAAUGAUAUUUUUGAAUUCUUGUUGAAAACAGCAAGUCCCAUUGCAUUGAUACUAUGCAUCUUGUUCAUUUUCUAAUGAUAUCUUCUGUUCUUUAAUUGAAAUGUGCAUUGCUAACAGCGGAGCUAUCUCAGCCGAGAGGCUGCUUGUUUAAAACUGUUAUACUGAGUUACAUAUGCUCUACACAGUAAUUGGCUUUCUAUCAAACCUUUGUAUUUUUGUCAAAUCCCAUGCAGAUUAUAUAACGUUAAUGCAUUCCAAUAUUUUUGUCUUUAAAUUUUUGUUUGGUUUUCUUCAUCAACCAGAUCUAUACUUGUAUGAUCACCAGAACAAACAAUGUAGUAUAGGCCAGAGAUUUUACACUGAGCUUUAUUCUCAAAUCAAAAAUUACACUUAAAUAGGAAUUUGCUGUUGGUUUAAUGAACCACAAAUAAUUGCUUACACAAUAUCAAUAUUACCUGAAACAUUGAAAUUAUCCUGAUGCAAUCCUCUAAAUUUUGUAAAUCCUUUUAAAGCACUACAGUUGUCAUGCAGCGCAUGUUUGAUUUUUCCAUGUAAACAAUGUAUUUUAUAUGUACUGUAUACACCGCUAUGGGUCCAAUAUCGAACAGGACAUGGCGUGAUGACUUUAAUUGGUAUGUAACUUUUUUUAUUACAUGUAGAAUUGUUAAUAUGGAGCUCAUUGUGCAUGAAUUUUUGACGGGGUGCUAGGUCUAGAAAAAAAAAUUAAUAUAUGUACAUACAUAUAAUACAGUACCAAUAGUUAAUACUUAAAAUGAAUUUGUGUCUGCCUGAUUAAUUAAUUAAAAAAACUAUGUACAAUAAAUCAUAAACUUUCUGAUGGCAAAUUAUUUGACUAAUAAUAAUAAUUUUUAUAUUUCAGAACAACUAUAGUGCAAAGGUUCUGCAAAAACAACUUUCAUUAAAAUCCAUUUGAACUUGACAUUCUCUAUUCUGUAGACCUAUGCAAUUUUAUGGUAUGUUUUUAUUUGAAAGUUCACUUGUAUAAAUUGGUUAUAACUUUAGGUGUUUAAAAUUUUAUCUAAAUGACAUAAUAUAUACUGUGUUAGAUGUUUUGUUGUAUAAAAAUUGAAUUGAAAUGUGCUGCUCACUUUGAUCUGAUUUGGCAAAUCUGUCAUGUUUGUAUUUAACUCAAGUAUGAAUGUCACUGAGAUGUUAUCUUCUCCAAUAUGACACAUUGUUUUACGUAUAUGUCAAUGAACAUGAUGUGACACUUGUUGAUUUGUGCUGACUGACUGACAUGUCACUGUCAUAUCGAUGUCACAUGUGUCAGAGUAAAUUGUGUUAUUGCAAUCAAGGUGACAUGUGUCACAUUUAUUUUCACAUGGUGCUUUUUUGUUGCAAACUAAUUAUGCAACGGUUUAAAUUCUAAUGCAUAUUACGACCCUUAAGUUGUGAAUUCUGUCUUCCUUGUUUCAUCACUAUCAUGAUUUUAAUUAAACUUGCCAUGACACCACAAACAAUGUACUUAAUCUGUAGAUAAUUCAUUGUCUAUUUGAUGUCAAAGCUUGUCAUUUUCCUAAUAUACCUGCAUGAUUUGUUCAUUUUUUUCUGAUCAAUCAAUUAAGACUUGUAGCCAAUCAGAAAAUUUAUCCAUUAGGCACAAAAUUAAAACUGAAAUUAUAGAAAAUUACAUAAAAAUAUAUAACACUAUUACUAUUACUUUUAAUGAAAUUCCUAAAAAUUUAAAGUUGAAAUAUUCAUGAUUGGGUGAUGUGAUUACAGCAGUGUUUGAUUCUGCACACCAUGAAGUAUUACUUGCAAAGUUUUAUGUGCUAGAGACCAAAAACUUUCUGAUACCAUAACUUACUUUAUACUUUGUCCACCAGGUCACAUUUUACACUUGAAAGAUUUGAAAAUUGCGGAAUAUUUCUUAAUUGCUCUCUCAAUAAUUAGUACAAGGAACUUUAAUAACAUGUAACCUCCAUAGUUUUAAUCUCAACUCUCUUUAUCGACAUUAGGAAUUGAAUACAGUAAUUUGUUUUUCAUGAUUUUUUUUAUCAAAGUUAUUUUAACAGUGAAGUUUGAAAUGUGUUUGCAUAUCUUAUGGGGUUCAUUUUAAUUAAUGAGAAACUGAUAAUCAUAAUUUCAUUUCAUUAAAAAUUUGAGCUGCCACGUGGAAUUUACCAGUAUUUGCUGUAGAUGGUUGUAGACUAGUCCUCCACUUUAUGAUAUGUAAUGUUUAAUUAUCUGUAAAUAAGGAUAUCCUUAAAUGACUGCUGUAAUUAUUUAUGAGGGCGCAUGUGUGAUCAUACGCAUGUUUUUUUUUCUCACAAUAUUACAUCUCUUUGCUAUACUAGUAUCUGCAAUAAGCCGAUAUUUUUGAACUUGUAAAUAUUUAUUUUCUAUAAUAGUAGAAUGAGAGUAAGUAAUUGUAGGUGAAUCAUGUAUGUCUGCAUUUCUAGUAUACAUGUAUGUAUGCAUGCCUUAUAAAUGUAUGUAAACUGUGCAUUGAUACAUUGUGUCCGGUUUUAUUGUCACUGACAGUUUUUUGAGUAAUGGUUUAUUCAUAAAUUCUUUCAGUUUACAUACUAGGUACUAAAUAAUGCAACAAAUUGAAGUAGAAAAUUUCAAAUAAAUGUUACUUUUGGAUGGUGGCAAGUGGUAAUUGAGCAUACACACGUGUACAUUUCUAAAAUGUGGUAAUUUAGCAUACACAUGUGUACAUCUCUGGUAAUUGAGCACACACAUGUGUACAUUUCUGGUAAUUGAGCAUACACAUGUGUACAUUUCUAAAAGGGCAGUAGUAAAUUAGUUGUCGCUGCCUACGAGUUAGAUUAUUUGUGAUAAUUACUAUUGUGUUUUAUAUAAAACUAUGCAUUUUGAUGUAUGAUAUGAAUGCUUAGUUCUUGUGUCAAAUUCUUAUUUUUUUUUAAAUCUGAGAAUAUUGAUUAGUCGUUUCUUUGCCCAGUUAUUGAUUACAAAUGUAAUUAUCGUUGUAAUGUUAUUGUCCUUGCAUUGUCUUUUUUUUCAGUUCACCACAGAAGGUGUUGUUUUUAUGAUUUUUGUUUUCACUUGCAGUGGAUUUACCAGAUAUAAAACUUUAUUUUCAUAUUAAUUGAAUAAAUAAAGGCAUGAUAUGUUCAAUUUUGUAUUUGUGGUGUAUUUUAAAGGUUGUUUUGGGUACCUUCAUUUCGGGAGAAGUGUUUGAAAUGUAACAAAAUACCAUUGGAAAAUUGACAUUGUAUAAUAAAAUUGUUAAUUACGA